AGCAACAGAAAUAGUGACAUUAAAAAAUCCAAACAAAAUGAAAGUUUAUGCAGCCAUUUGUUUAUUCUUCGCUUUGACCUCAGCCGAAUAUGUGGUGAAAACUCGUGAGAAUCUCUUACAAUAUCGCAAUGAAUGUGUUGCUGAACUUCAAAUUCCCGAGGCUCAAGUGGAACAGUACAAACAAUGGCAAUAUCCCAAUGAUGCCACUACCCAGUGCUACUUGAAGUGUGUCUUCUCCAAAUUUGGUUUGUUCGAUACCACCUCCGGUUUCAAUGUCGAGAAUAUUCACCAACAAUUAUUGGGCAGUCAGGCCGAAGCCAAUCAUGAUGAUGUUCUUCAUGCCAAGAUUGCUUCCUGCGUUGAUAAGAAUGAACAGGGUUCCAAUGCCUGUGAAUGGGCUUAUCGUGGUGCCACUUGCUUCAUUAAGAACAAUUUGCAGUUGGUGAAACAAAGUGUUGCUCAAGCUUAGUGAUAUUACUUAAGAGCGUAAGAUUUAGGGGGGGGGGGAGUGGUUCAUUUUGUAAAACACCACAGAGCUCAUUUUGAAAAUAUAAACAAUUUGU